UAUAUACAUACAUGUGUGUGCGUGUGAAUAAGUUUUAGCUGAAAUUAUGGUCCACUCACAUCGGACGCUAUCUUCCUCCAGCUCAUUUCUUUGCCUCGGUCAGAUUCCCCUGAUCCCUCGGAUUUUUAUCUCUCUCUCUCUUCCGGUCAUUCUCGCUUGCAAGAAACUAAUAAUCAAAGCCACAUGGAUUUGAAGCCCUCAAAGCUAUACAGGCGCCACUACGCCCCACUUUCUCAUGUAUUCAGGGCUAGUGUUUCUUUUCGAAGUCGGAGGAAACGGCUAAAAGAAUUGGCGUCGAGAAUGAGGUUUCCUGGAGUUGACGAUGAAUUGCAGAGGAUUUUAGAUGCUAACAUGGAUGAAGUUCCCGCCAGGAGGCGCGCUCGUGAAGCCUUCAAGCAUUUUCAGCUUGGGAUUGACCAUAUGCUGUUUAAGACUCCUUGCGAUGGACUGAAAAUGAAGGAGUCAUAUGAGGUGAACUCAAGGGGUAUUGAAAUAUUUACCAAAAGCUGGCUUCCUGAAACUUCUAAGCCCAAAGCAGCAGUGUUUUACUGUCAUGGCUAUGCAGACACUUGCACUUUCUUCUUUGAAGGAAUAGCUAGAAAGCUGGUAUCUUCUGGAUAUGGAGUUUUUGCCAUGGAUUAUCCAGGAUUUGGUCUUUCAGAAGGCCUCCAUUGCUAUAUUCCAAGUUUUGAUACUCUCGUCGAUGAUGUGAUUGAGCAUUAUUCCAAAGUUAAAGAAAACCCAGAGAUCCGAUCUCUUCCAUGCUUCCUCUUUGGACAGUCUAUGGGUGGAGCUGUUGUCUUGAAGAUGCACCUAAAACAACCCAAGGCAUGGGAUGGUGCCAUUCUUGUUGCGCCUAUGUGUAAAAUUGCAGAUGACAUGACUCCGCCAUGGUUACUCACUCAGAUCUUGAUUGGUGUGGCCAACGUGCUUCCAAAGCAGAAGUUGGUUCCACAGAAAGACUUAGCUGAGGCUGCAUUCAGAGAAUUAAAGAAGAGGGAACUGACAGCCUAUAAUGUUAUUGCUUACAAGGAUAAUCCUCGCUUAAUGACUGCUUUAGAAAUGCUUAGAACAACCCAAGAAAUAGAACGACGAUUGAAAGAAGUUUCACUACCAUUGUUAAUCCUUCAUGGGGAGGCUGAUACUGUAACAGAUCCUUCUGUAAGCAAACUGUUGCACAGGAAAGCAAGCAGUUCUGAGAAGAAGCUUAAACUUUACGAUCAUGCUUACCAUUCCCUUCUUGAGGGUGAGCCUGAUGAAGUAAUUCUUGAAGUUUUCAAAGAUAUCAUCGCUUGGCUUGAUGAUUACAGCUCAAAGCACAACUCAUCUUCCUCUUGAUGAAGACUUUUGAUCUGUAUAUCGUCGGUGAAGAUUAUUCAGAUUGCUUUGAUGGCAAUUCAAAGUGAAAGCUCUUAUCGUUCCUUCAAUAAAAAGAGAUGAGGCAUCAAAUGUGGAAGUUACAUUUAUUUAUGUAAUUUGUUUAAGUCAUUCAUUAGAUCAUGUUUAUAGAUUAGUUCAUGUUUGCAUCUUUCAAGAAUAGAAGAUGGAAUUUUAGGCAAGAAAAUCAGGGCUUGUGUGGUUCCUGUUCUCAUUAA